UAACACACCACACGUCGGAUCCCGUGGGUGAAUGAAGGUGCUAGACACCUGUGUUGGAGAAUCAGAUAUGUUUAGCAGCAGCAGCAGCAGCAGCACGUGAUGAGAAAUGUCCUGAAAGCUAAAGAACAUAUACUCCCAUGUAGCAGAGCUCCUAAAUGAAACUUCUAGUUUCUACUCCAUUUUAACUGCACUGUGUGUGUUUGUAUGUUCUGGACUGACUGACGCUGGAAGCCGGGCGGGCAGGCAGGCAGUCGACGGUGACGGUGAGGUGCCUCUGAGGUGAGAAUCCGUGGACGGCGAAAGUGAAAGGAGGGCUCCGUAACUGUAAGAAAAAGCACCGAGUGGGCAACCCCCCCCCCCCCCCCCUCCUCCCCCCCAUACAGACACACACCACUGGGGGAGAGAGAGAGAGAGAGAGAGAGAAAGAGAAAGGCCCCGGGACUUGCUUCGAGGCGGCAGCAGUUCAGCAGACAGCCAUGGCUAACAUCGCGGUCCAAAGGAUCAAGCGGGAGUUCAAAGAAGUUCUCAAAAGCGAAGAGACAAGUAAAAACCAGAUAAAAGUAGAUUUGGUGGAUGAGAACUUCACAGAGCUGAGAGGGGAGAUAGCAGGUCCUCCGGAUACACCCUAUGAAGGUGGCAGAUAUCAGCUUGAAAUAAAAAUCCCAGAAACCUAUCCUUUUAACCCACCAAAGGUGCGUUUCAUCACUAAGAUCUGGCACCCUAAUAUCAGUUCUGUGACAGGGGCAAUAUGUCUGGACAUUUUAAAAGACCAAUGGGCAGCUGCUAUGACCCUGCGGACGGUGCUGUUGUCUCUACAGGCUCUCCUCGCUGCAGCAGAACCAGACGACCCACAGGACGCUGUUGUAGCAAACCAGUAUAAGCAGAACCCAGAAAUGUUCAAACAGACCGCGAGGCUGUGGUCUCACGUCUAUGCAGGCGCUCCUGUCUCCAGUCCUGACUACACAGGCAAAAUAGACAAACUCUGUGCCAUGGGCUUUGAUAAGAAUGCAGUAAUAGCGGCCUUGUCUUCAAAAUCCUGGGAUGUGGAAACGGCGACAGAGCUGCUCCUCAGCAACUAAAACCCCCGCCAGGUGUGAGGAUCCCAAACUCCCUUCAUCAUAGCAUCAGCUCCUCCCCGGCACCGUUCCACCAUCGCCUUUUGUUAUGCCGACGAAACCCCGUUCCACACAGCAGUCUGAGCCUUCUUUUACAACAAGUUUGUCUGCCACAAACCACAAUCGCCAAUAUGCACACCAACCUUUUGCCUGUCUUGCCCCCCCGCCAUCUUUUCUGCCACUGACUCAAAAUGUAUAUCCUUGUAAUAAGCCACCAAAAACUUUUCAAUCACGCAUCUUGUCUUCCAUACACUGCACUCAUAUUGGCUCUGAACACAGUUACUCUUUUUUGUUGUUGUUUUUUUCUUAAUAUUGCAAAGAAUCAAACAACUGCCAUUUCCUGGUGGAUUUUCGAGGAUAGAGUGUAAAGGAGAUCCUACAUACUGCUCUCAUAGUACAUCACAGUUUACUUCCUUCAACCAGUUUGACCUUACGUAGGAUUAAUUCUCUUUCAUGGACACUGAACACAGCAGAGGUCUCUGUGGAAUAAAUGAACGUGACUGGAUGGUGUUCUUCAGGAGCAUUGUGAUGGGUUUCUCCUGAGCAGUUUAUCAGAGACGCUUCAGUCAGUUUCUUUCCUGUCCGUAUGAUUAGACGAGACCACACAGACAUCCUCAAACAUCUGCACAGAAGGAAAACAGUUCUCUGUAAAUAGAUGCGUGUACAUUUGAAAAUACAAUGGGGAUAUACUUUUUUUCUUACAUGGCAUUGUGAAACAAAUUAUUUUAAAUAUAAACUAUGCCUAGUUUACAGUUACAUGGAGAGCUAUCUUUUUAUGAUUUUGUGAUCAACGAGGAAUCCCUCUGAAUGUCCUCUUGUCUUCUUCUUCCUCUUAAAGCGUGUUGGGCGGCGGGGGGCACAGCCAAAUUCCAGCUCAGGCCCCUGAAAGUCAUUACAUGCUACCUUUUUCUUCUACACCACAAUCCAACCUUGUGUCUUAUGCUGUCCUUGCAUGUUCUAUGCUGCCUUUAUUUUUCAUUUCUUGGCCAAAUGAUGUGGUUGUGGGGUAUUUGUUCGAUUCAACAGACCCUUCAGACUUGUUGAACACACAAGAUUGUUUCUAACCUGUGGGGAAGAGACACGUGGACGCCACAUAAGCGCACCCACAUUGGCUUGAUAUCUGUUGGGGAACGAAGGCCUUUUCUCUUUUGAUUUGACGUGUAUGGUGCUGGAUUUGACAGGAGACACACCUCCAAGAAGAAAUGCGUGACUCUGAAAGUCAUUAAGGAAUUGAGUGUGCAAUGCUGUGGUUUCAGUAUUUUCCAUUUCAAAGCAAUCGCUUUCAAAUACACAUGCUAUUUUCAGGAUCCGCUCACCCUCGCAGUCCUGAUUUUGGUCACAAACAGGGGGAGCUUCAUCAUAAAACGCUGAUCCAAUCCAGCCGCACAGUAUAUAUAGGUAUGUAGGUGUCGUCCUAUAUUCCUAAAAACUUGCUUUACUACAAAGCCAAAUAAAAUGCUCAUUGAGGUCGUCUUUGAGUUGUAAGAGAGGCUGGAACUCCUGCAGUGUUUUCAAACAUUUUGAUUUGAGGUACUGUGAAGAAAUGCUUUUCAUUUACAGAAGUGGGGUGAUGAUGAAUCCUCACACAUGGCCUUUUUUUUUUCUUUAAAGAAACUUUUCUUCCUUUUGCUUGCCCUCCAGCUCACUCCCUACCAACACAGUGGCAUAGUACAGUACGACAUGGACUUAUUGUGCACCCUCCCCUCUGACAGAGAACAGUCUCCAGCCAGAGCCCAAAUAGAAGAGUUCAUAGUCAGGGGAGGAAUGUGCACACCUUCCUCUGUUCUUGUAAAUAUUCGGGUUCUUGAUUAAAGAGCCUUCUCGUUAUCUCUAGAGUGCACCAUUGAUGGCUGGAUCUAUAUUUUGUAAGAAAAAGAAAGGACAAAAAAAGGAAAAGAAAGAGCCCCCUCCUCCCUGAUGUUCUCACGAUGUACAAUAUUGCACGAUGACGAAGCAUUAUGAAAAAAUAUAAAAGGGGGCUGUUGCAUCUCAGUUUCUCCAUUUGGAUUGAGACUUAUUUUUCCUGUUUUGUUUCCUUGGAAGCAAGCAUCAGCAGUAUAAAAAGCAUGGUUAUUUAUUGUGACAGUGUCAUGUUUCUUUGAUUAAAAAAAAAGUGGAAAAUCAA